CACGCCACAUCAAACACUUCUUUAGCUACUGUCAGGUGCGCUAUGACCCAAACAACUUUGCUUCAAUAUGAAGCCCCAUGGCCUGUGCAUGCGCUUGAUUGGUGCAAGUCAACUGCACCUGGACAUCAAUCUCGUCCACGAUCGGCUUUCCGUCUCGGAAUUGCCUCCUUCUCUGAAGACUAUCGGAAUCGGAUUGCUAUCGUAGGACUUCAAGACGAGCGCGUCCUUGUUGAGGAUGAUUAUACCGAUUACCCCGACUUUGUGACGUUGGUAGAAGCGAACCAUGGAUACCCAGCAACCAAUCUGCAAUGGCAACCUGCGAGUGCGAGCGGUUUCCAAUGGACUGGCAAGGCACCAGCUGCAGAGCUACUUGCCACGACUGGAGAUGCGCUGAGGGUAUGGGAGUAUUUUGGAGAUGCACCACCAGCGUCGUCGGCUUAUGUUGGGAGGCAGCCCACGGGCGGAGGGCAUCGGUUGACACUUAAGACGGCACUGUCUGGGCAAUCCAAAAUCCAAAACCAGUCCACUGGUCCACCAUUAACCAGUUUCUCUUGGAACGAGAAAGCCCCCAGCUUAGUUGUCACGUCAUCAAUAGACACGACGUGUACCGUGUGGAACAUCGAUACAUCCACUGCCAUAACACAACUCAUUGCCCACGAUCGAGAAGUUUACGAUGUUGCAUGGCUUCCGGGAUCGACAGAUAUAUUUGUAUCGGUUGGGGCAGAUGGUAGUCUUCGUGCGUUUGACCUACGGAGUCUAGAGCAUUCUACCAUUCUGUAUGAAACACCGGCACCCAAAAGCGGUCCGCCCGCAGCCUCAGCAUCAUCGCGUCUACCUACAUCACCUCUACUACGCAUCGCAUUCAACCCCGCUGACUCAAAUUACAUGUCCACAUUUCAUAUGGAUGGACAGGAUGUGCAAAUUUUGGAUAUGCGGAGUCCUGGUCAGCCGGUGAUAGAACUGAGAGGGCACCGCGCGCAGGUAAACGCGAUGGGAUGGAGCACAACAGAUAGACCAACACUGGCUACCGCAGGGGAUGAUUGCCAAGUUCUACUAUGGGACCUUGCUACGUACACACAAACGGCGACCUCUCCCCGCACUGCCAAUUCUCGCUUAAAUUCGCCGCGGCCAGACGUGAAGAAACGUGUGGUCACCGAUCCGAUAAUGGCGUAUUCUGCGAGCAGCGAAGUGACCAACCUUGCAUGGUCUCCUCAGAUACAGGGGAUGACUAUGAAUACGGGUCACUCGACAGCGCCUGGAGAGUGGCUAGCGAUUGCGAGCGGGAAGUUUAUCAAGGCACUCAAGGUGUGAAUUUAAUUCGCUGGAGGAUCAGAAUGUACAGCAGUUGUACUUUAAAUGGGAGUGCGCUUGGGCUUUUGAGCUGUCCACUCUAUCUAUGGCCAUGACAGAUCCUGGCUCAUCUUCUUUCCCGCUAUCUUCGCUAUCUCACAAACGUCCGCCGCCCACUUGUUUUUAUAUACCUCAUGUCUCAUGAUGUCGCACUUGGCGGCAAUAAUCUGUGUAGAUUAGUUGAGGUGUAAAAUGUUGUCUGAAUAUAUAUAUUCGUAGUAUUUAAACUGGCUCAAACAAUGUAUACUACCCGCGGUGGCGGCGGGGCUGAACCGACGAAUAUAAAUAGAUCCAUCUAGAUAAGAACUUAAGUACUU